CUUUCGACUUUGGCAAUCUCAAAGGCAUCAUGCGACUGUGUCCUGAAAAAGCUCUCACUUCUCAACCUGACAAAUCACUGUCCCUAAAAUAUUUUGAUGAUGCCUGCAAGCUCGACGGCGAGACAAACCCAAGCCCAACCUUCAAAAACUGGUUGUUCUGCAGUCCCGAUGGCGAGCCCUCGAAGGCGGAGUCUUGAAAGGGGGAGAAACUCGUGCCCAAGGACAAUUUACGUUCAAGAAAGAAACACUCGAGCCUGGAAGCGGCAUCAAGGUCAUUGUAAUUGUGUUCGUCAUGGUAAUUGACGGGAAGCAUCUUACCUUUGAAGGCGCCCAUGCUACUCCACUAGACCCACCUAGGCCUAGCUUUGUUCUAGAGAGGGAAUGGCAGGCGUUGCUCAGCCCGAAUUGGGAGGUUGGUCUGGCAUCUACACCAUACCAGCCCGGGUCAAUCAUCCAAAUCAAGCACAAGCCAAGACCGGUAACUGCAUCCGGUGCAGCGGUCGUGCAGGAGCGGCCUGAAUGGGCCUGGGAUAUCACGGGGGAAUGGACUUUCACUCCUGCUCACGAGCCUCGUGCAGGCAGCUUCAUGAGACUGAUCGGGCUUCCGAAAUCGACACCCAUUACGAUGUCUAUCUUUCUUGCCAACAACCCACGCCACACCAAAAUCAAGAGACAAUAUUGGGCAAUCCUCAAAUUCGGUACCGCGGUAGAGGGCUGCUUGCGCUUCUGCAUGCCAAAGGACGGGGGGAGGCAGUGGAGUGCCAAGCAGUUUGAAGAAGCCUGCAAGCUGGACGACGAUGACUGGGUCGGACCGCCUCCAAAAGGUUCACCCAAAAUGGGCUUUCGGUGGAGAGUCAAGAAUUGCGAGACAGGCUAUCAGCCGCAAUGGUACACAUCUGAGUUUCGGCAUGAGAGUGGGACGUUCGAGAUAGGAGAUGAUGGCAGUCUUUCAUUCAGUCUUCUGAUGACGAUCGGGUUUACUCCUAUGGUUUUGCGAGGGGUCAAGAAUGGGGAAGUCCAGCCUCGAAAGAGCAAUGCUGCGACGGUCAAAACGGUUUGGGACUCAUACACUGACAUGAGGGAGCCUAGUGAUUAACGUUCUGAACAUAUCCAUGAAUCCGAUCCGUAUACGGACUCGGAGUAUAAUAGCGUGCAGAAGAAUACCUUGGACUUUGUUUAAUCAUAGAUUUGUUAGCACACUUGUAACUUUGUUUCGAAUUUAGAAAAGUCUCUUCACAUCACUAUAUCCUG